AUGAUCCUUUAUUAUUAUCUGGAAUGCAAAAUGUGGGAAAAUGAACUGCAAAGAAUGUUAAUUUCCAAAAAAUAUACACUUUUUGUUAAAUUAUGCGGAAGCUGUUAUAUCAUUUGUGAAUAUUUUAAAAAAUAUCAAAAAAACAUAAAAAAAUAUUUUACGCUUUGGCGAUAUUAUAUAGAUAUUGUACUUUUUGUAGAACAUCCUGAUUAUCCAAGUACACAUUUUCAUGGAGAUACUUCAGCUUUUGAUGUCCGGGUAGGCCUUAAAAGCAGAGAUCAAUGA